CAAGAUUCCAUUUUCCCUCCAUCAACGCAUAAGGUGUCGGCGGUCAGCAACCGGGUGCGGGUGCGGAUUCUUGCACUACUAUUUACCCUGCUUUUUUAAAACCCUAAACUUUGAACAAAACAGGUUUUGUCUUCACAUACAGCACAAGACACGCAAAAGGCUGCUGCAGCAGCAGAGAGCGAGAGAGAUAUAGAGAGUUGUCAUAAACCCAUCAAAAAAUAAAGGGUCAGUAAGAGAUGGCUCAGUUGAAGGCAGUAUCAUCAUCUUCAUCCCUCAAUCUCUCUGUUCAUGUCCCUAAGAGAGAUUUGUUUCUGUGUAGUAACAAUGUAUCUUUUGCAAAGAAGUCAGCUUUGUUUCAAGAGUUGGGGGCUAGAAAGAGUGAGCUUCAGGGUGAUGCAGUUGUGAGCAAUAGAGGGAAUGCUCUUCGAGUUCAUUGCAAUAAAGGGAUUCAAGUAGUAGCAUCCAGUGAUAAAGUUGAAGCUACAAAGACUAAAGGACUAAGAGGAAAAUUAAACAAGGUUGUUUUAGCCUAUAGUGGUGGCUUAGACACCUCAGUUAUUGUCCCAUGGCUACGGGAGAAUUAUGGUUGCGAGGUUGUUUGCUUCACUGCUGAUGUUGGUCAGGGAGUAGGGGAAUUGGAAGGCUUGGAACAAAAGGCUAAGGCUAGUGGUGCUUGUCAGUUAGUGGUGAAGGACUUGCAGGAGGAAUUUGUGAGAGAUUUCAUUUUUCCUUGCUUGCGAGCAGGUGCCAUCUAUGAGCGGAAAUACUUAUUGGGGACGUCAAUGGCACGCCCUGUUAUUGCAAAGGCCAUGGUAGAUGUUGCUAAAGAAGUUGGAGCCGAUGCUGUUGCUCAUGGAUGCACUGGAAAAGGAAAUGAUCAGGUUCGCUUUGAGCUCACCUUCUUUGCACUAAAUCCUGAACUAAAUGUUGUGGCUCCUUGGCGGGAAUGGGAUAUCACAGGAAGAGAAGAUGCCAUUGAAUAUGCUAAGAAGCACAACGUACCCGUCCCAGUGACAAAAAAAUCCAUAUAUAGCAGGGACAGGAACUUGUGGCACCUGAGCCAUGAGGGUGACAUUCUGGAAGACCCUGCUAAUGAGCCAAAGGAAGAUAUGUACAUGAUGUCCACUAGUCCAGAAGCUGCACCUGAGAAACCUGAAUAUGUAGAAAUUGGGAUAGUGGCUGGCCUUCCUGUUUCAGUAAAUGGGGAGAAGCUUUCCCCAGCUUCUCUGCUUUCCUGCCUCAAUGAGAUUGGUGGGAAACAUGGUAUUGGCCGAAUUGACAUGGUUGAGAACCGACUUGUUGGUAUGAAAAGUCGUGGAGUAUACGAAACUCCUGGAGGCACCAUUCUCUUCACUGCUGUACGUGAGCUGGAGUCAUUAACACUAGAUCGAGAAACAAUGCAAGUUAAAGAUUCACUUGCUCUCAAGUAUGCUGAGCUAGUGUAUGCAGGCAGGUGGUUUGACCCACUGCGUGAAUCCAUGGAUGCAUUUAUGGAGAAGAUCACAGAGACAACAACUGGUUCAGUCAGACUUAAGUUGUACAAAGGAUCCGUAUCAGUAGUUAGCCGGACAAGCCCCAAAAGCCUGUAUAGAGAAGACAUAUCCUCCUUUGAGAGUGGGCAGAUAUAUGAUCAGGCUGAUGCUGCUGGAUUCAUUCGGCUCUAUGGUCUUCCAAUGAGGGUUAGGGCAAUGCUAGAGAAGGGCAUCUAACAUGAUUGCUCUUGUGGUCGACCGUUCUAGUGUCAUCCCGGUUCAUUCUGCUGUUUCAGUACUUUAGGCAAUCAUGUUGAUGGAUUAGUUUUUAUGUUGACUUUCUUAUAUAAAAGUUUUGGGGUUCAUACACUCCACUUCUCUUA